AUGGGCGGGUUAUUGGAUAUCGUCUCGUCGCUUUUCGAGGGGCGCUUGCUGCUUCGAAGCCUUCUCUCGGUCAUCUCCGGUGGCAUCCUCAUCAAGGCCAUCUACAACAUCUAUUUUCACCCCCUUGCCUCCUUCCCCGGUCCAUUAUCGCGGAAGAUCAGCCGGAUCCCCUGGACGCUGUCGAUGUUGCGGAACAGGAGCAUCUUCGACGUUGACGAGCUGCAUCGCAAGUAUGGCCCUGUGGUAAGGACCGCACCGGGCGAGCUGUCUUUCCAGGAUGCGAAUGUCUGGAGGGACAUCAUGGGUGGUGGGAACAGCGAUAUUCCAAAGUGGAAAGGGAUGUACGGUGUCCCAACUUUCCUAGCGCCGCAUAUCCAGAAUACCGUCAGCAAGGAACAUCAUCGCAUGCUACGAAAGGCUCUCGCGCCUGGCUUCUCAGACGCUUCCCUCCGUGCACAAGAGCCGAUACUGCAGGGGUACAUCACUGCCCUCAUCAAUCGCCUUCGUGCUGGCACAGACGGUGUAGCUGCCCGUGAUAGGAGAGAGGAAACUUUUAACCUCGAGAUGUGGUAUCGCUAUGUCGUUUUCGAUAUUAUCUGCGAUCUGGCUCUCGGCGAGUCUCUGGACUGUAUCAACAGCAAGACCGUGCACCCCUGGAUCAAGGGCGUGGAGGGCGCCGGCCCCGCCAUGCUCGUUCUUAUCGCCAUCAACAUGUACCCGACCCUCGCGGCCGGCGUGGACUGGCUGGUCCGCAGCUCUGCCCAGCAUAUGGCCAAGCUUCACUCCGUUCAUAUCGAGCCAGCUGUUCAGCGCCGCGUCGAAAAAGGCGAGGCGCGGCCGGACUUGGUGAGCCCACUGAUUCGACUGCAGAAGAAGGCCAGAGAGGAGCAUACAAAGGACAUGACGCCCGGGAGCGCAGCGUUUAACGAGCAAGCGGCCCUGGACAAUCUCGCCAUGAACGCACAGGCCAUCAUUGGGGCCGGUGCGGAAACCACCGCGACAACUUUGGCCGCCGUGACAUCGCUGCUCCUCGAUCACCCGCCGAUGCUCGAGCGGCUCCAGAAGGAGGUCCGAGGGGCGUUUGCGGCCGAAACCGCCAUUACGGCAGAUGCUGUAGGCCGGAAACUACCGUUCAUGUGUGCAUGCAUUGACGAGACUAUGCGACUGUUCCCCACGACAGGCGCACCCUCUCUGAGGAAGACCGAUCAGACGACAAACAUUUGCGGAACAGUCGUUCCAAAGGAUACGGUCGUGGGUAUUUGGACAUGGACACUACUGCGUUCCCCACAGUUCUGGACAGACGGAGAGGAAUUCCAUCCAGAGCGCUGGCUUGAUGAGGACGAGCGUUAUGCGGGCGAUACCCGUGAGGUGUUCAAGCCCUUCUUCACCGGCUCGAGGGACUGCAUUGGACAGAACCUUGCUACUUUGGAGCUCCGCCUCAUCCUCACGAGGAUGAUAUACAACUUUGACAUGGUGUACGCCGACGCCGCCUCGCGGAAGUGGACGAAGAAGCAGACGCACACAUUCGUCACAUGGAGCAAGACGCCGCUCAAUGUGCGUUUGAUCCCGCGAUGAAGGAGUACGAGUGCAGAGGAUGUGGAGUUGGCCGCUAUAACCAAAGGAUGACAAGGGGUUCAGCUAAUGGAGGAAAUUGAGACGUCUACCGACUGUUCAAGGUGGGCUGCAGCAUCCUGGGUAGACUAACAUUAUACAGGCCCGUAAUGUAGUCCAGCGAG